AGCUGAUCGUGUUCCUGAAGGAGGAGAAUCCUCUGAAGGAAAACACUGCUGGCUGGGUGAAAUCAUGGCUGCAGAGAUUCAUUCGAGGCCCCAGACCGCUAGACCUGUUCUCCUGAACAAGAUCGAGGGACACUCGGAUUCCGUCAACGCGGCUGUGUUGAUUCCAAAAGAAGAUGGAGUGAUCACGGUCAGCGAGGACAGGACCAUCCGAGUGUGGCUGAAAAGGGACAGUGGUCAGUACUGGCCUAGCAUCUACCACACAGUCUCCUCUCCUUGCUCCUCCAUGUCCUACCACCAUGACAGCAGGCGCAUCUUCAUAGGCCAGGACAAUGGAGCUGUAGUGGAGUUUCUCAUCUCUGAAGAUUUUAACAAGAUGAACCACGUGAAAACGUAUCCAGCCCACCAGAACCGUGUGUCAGACAUGGUGUUCUCCCUGGAGAGUGAGUGGGUGGUGAGCACCGGCCAUGACAAGAGUGUAAGCUGGAUGUGCACCCAGAGCGGCAGCAUGUUGGGGAGACACUACUUUACAUCCUGGGCCUCCUGCCUGCAAUAUGACCACGAGACGCAGCACGCCUUUGUUGGAGAUUUCUCCGGACAGAUUACUCUGCUGAAGCUGGAGAAGCAGACUUAUUCCAUCAUCACUACUCUGAAGGGUCACGAAGGCAGUAUAGGAGCCCUAUGGUGGGAUCCUGUCCAGAGGCUGCUCUUUUCUGGGGCCUCAGAUCACAGCAUCAUGAUGUGGGACAUCGGGGGCCGCAAGGGACGGACACUGCUGUUGCAGGGACACCACGAGCGUGUGCAGGCGCUGUGUUACCUGCAGUUCACGAGGCAGCUGGUGUCGUGCUCAGCCGACGGAGGCAUCGCCGUGUGGAGCAUGGACACGCAGAGAGAAGAGGCGCCCCAGUGGUUAGACAGCGACUCAUGUCAGAAGUGUGAGCAGCCUUUCUUCUGGAACAUCAAGCAGAUGUGGGACACUAAGACCCUGGGGCUCAGACAGCACCACUGCAGGAAGUGUGGGAAGGCCGUGUGUGGGAAAUGCAGCUCGAAACGCUCCACCUUCCCCAUCAUGGGCUUCGAGUUCCCAGUGCGGGUCUGUGAUGCCUGCUUUGACACCAUCAAAGAAGAAGAUCGGACAGCGCUGGCCACGUUCCACGAGGGGAAGCACAACAUCGCCCACAUGGACAUGGACCCGUCCAGAGGCCUGAUGGUCACCUGUGGAAGCGACCGCAUUGUUAAGAUCUGGGAUAUGACACAGGUGGUUGGCUGUAGCUUAGCAACAGGCUUCUCCCCGCGCUGAUUGGCCCAACCCACUACAUGGCAACCCAUCUCGCUCCAGCCUGGCAACCCACCCCCACCUCACCCCCUUCCUUGACUCUUCCAGUGUCAUGGAAACCCCUCUGUACAGGCCACCCCCCCAUCAAGCUUGGGUCCACAACUGAAGCCAGGCCAUGUGUGUGUGUGCGUUUGUAUGUGUAUGUGUGCGGGUGUGUGUGUGACUGAUUUAGACUAUUUGAGUUGAAACUAAACCUUAAGCACAACAAGGUGUGUGAGAAUGGUUUGAACUGAUGUUUAAUGUUUUUUCUUUCUUUUGGACAA